GGACAAUUUUGUUCAUUCCUACAUAAUCUCACACUGUCCAAAUCUAAGGGUAUUAUCGUAAUCAAAGUCAUCUCCUCCUAAUCCAUAAAGCCAAUCGUAGAGAAACAACCACGGAGGCACUGCUCCUCUAGUUUAGAGAGCCAGCAACGAACAUGGCUUACUCGCUCUGCUCAUCACACUCCCCAAUCGUCCACGAACGUCACACUCUCUCCUUAUCUCUUUCUUCAACCAAAAACCCUAGAAUAAGAAACGUCAAUCACCCUUCGAAGCUCAAUUUUCUUUCUUCUCAAUACAAAACACCUUCUCUCCAGAUAAGCCAUGUAUCUGUACACGACCCAGUUACUGAAGAAACCAAGAGUGAGGUUGUUGGCGAAGCUGCGACGACUGGAAACCCAGAUGGAAAUUCCGGUUCUUCGUCAAAAAGCUAUAUCUGGGUCAAUCCCAGAAGCCCCAGAGCACCGCAACUUCGGAAGAAAUCGUAUCAUACCAGGUACACUAAUCUAGUCGAAGUAGCUGAAUCUUUAAACUCCUGUAAUGCAAAUGAGGAUGAAGUUUUAAAAGUUUUGGGAACUUUAAGUGGUAAACUUUUAGAGCAAGAUGCGGUUGUUAUUCUUAAUAAUAUGGUUAAUGCCGAGAUUGCGGUUCUUGCACUAAAGUACUUUCAGCAGAACUUGAAACCUGAGAGGGAGGUUAUUCUUUACAAUGUUACCUUGAAGGUUUUUAGAAAGUCUAAGAAUUUGCCUGGUGCGGAGAAGUUGUUUGAUGAAAUGCUCAAGAAAGGUAUUAAACCGGAUAAUGUUACGUUUUCGACCAUGAUUAGUUGCGCUAGGAUCUCUUCUUUGCCUGAGAAGGCUGUUGAGUGGUUUGAAAAGAUGAGUAGUUUUGGGUGUGACCCAGAUGAUGUUACUUACUCGGCUAUGAUCGAUGCUUAUGGACGUGCUGGUAAUGUUGAUAUGGCUUUCAGCUUGUAUGACCGUGCUAGAACAGAAAAAUGGCGCAUUGACCGAGUAACAUUCUCGACUUUAAUCAGAAUUCAUGGUCAAUCAGGAAACUAUGAUGGGUGUUUGAACGUGUUUGAGGAGAUGAAGGCUAUAGGGGUUAAACCGAACGUUGUUGUUUACAACACUUUGUUGGAUGCUAUGGGUAGAGCUAAGAGACCUUGGCAGGCUAAGAAGAUUUACCAAGAGAUGAUCAGCAGCGGGUUUGAACCGAGUUUUGUUACUUAUGCUGCUCUCUUGAGGGCUUUUGGUAGAUCCCGGUAUGGUGAUGAUUGUGUUAAUGUGUAUAAGGAGAUGAAGGAGAAAGGGAUGAAGCUGAAUGUGAUUCUGUACAACACAAUUUUAUCUAUGUGUGCUGAUCUUGGCUACACUGACGAAGCUAUUUCCAUUUUUGAAGACUUGAAAAGUUCUGAGACCAUGCCUGAUAGUUGGACAUUUUCAUCAAUGAUUACUAUAUAUUCGUGCAGCGGGCAAGUACCAGAAGCCGAGGCAAUGUUGAAUGAGAUGUUGAAAGCAGGUUUUGCGCCUAAUAUAUUUGUUUUGACUUCACUUAUUCAGUGCUACGGUAAAGCUAAGCGCAUAGAUGAUGUUGUGAAGACAUUCAAUGACCUCUUGGAAUUGGACAUUAGUCCAGAUGAGCGCUUCUGUGGUUGUCUAUUGAAUGUGAUGACUCAAACACCAAAGGAAGAACUUUCUAAGCUUACUGCUUGCAUCGAAAUAGCCUAUCCAAAACUCGGAUAUGUGGUAAAACUUUUGCUAGAAGAUGACAAUAGUGAAAAUUUCAAAAAUGAAGCCUCAGAACUUUUUGAAACGGUUGGUGCUGAUGUAAGAAAGGCUUACUGCAAUUGCUUGAUUGAUCUUUCCAUGAACCUGGAUCAGUUAGACAGAGCUUGUGAGAUACUAAACAUUGGGGUCACACAAGAAGUAUAUACUGAUAUACAGACCAGGUCUCCAUCCCAAUGGUCUCUUAAUUUGAAGGGUCUUUCUCUUGGGGCUGCUCUCACUGCAUUACAUGUUUGGAUAAAUGAUUUGACCAAGAUAUUGGAAUCUGGAGAAGAAUUUCCACCAUUGCUUGGAAUUAAUACUGGACAUGGGAAGCACAAGUACUCGGACAAAGGCUUUACUUUGGCAGGUGUUUUUGAUUCCCGCUUGAAGGAAUUAAAUGCUCCUUUCCAUGAGGCUCCGGAUAACGCUGGUUGGUUUUUGACCACGAAGGUUGCAGCCAAGUCGUGGUUGGAGUCUCGAAAAUCUUCGGAGUUAGUUGCAGCUUAACUUUGUACCGUCCUUGAUUUGCUUUUCUAUGUAUUCUCUACACACUACUGACAUGCAAGGGUUUAGAUUGCACGCAGGAUUCAGGAAGUUACGAUAAAGGUGUUGCAGGUGGACCUUAAGUGUCAUGUAUGCUAUAAAAAGUAGAUCAAAAAAGUUCUGUGCAAAUUUCCCGUCUAAUAUGUAAUAUAUAUGUUAUCAUUGUACGUAUAUAAAAUUCAGAAGAAAAAUAUUUUCUAGUUAAUAAAUUGGCAGUUUAGUGCAUGAGAAUCAUGUGCUCUGUGACAGCUUUGAUUUCAUAUCUUUUUUUUCAUUGCAGUAGGGACACUAAUACUAUUGCUUAGCCAAUCUUGCAUUGAGUAUGGAACAAACAAAGGUUUAGUGUCCGAGAUUUCCUUCUUGUGUAUUGCGCCUGUUUGCUGUAAUUUUGGCGUUAUACUUUGACUAACACAAGUUCAUUCUUCUCCAAAAGAAAAAGAAAAAAACACAUAAAAUUAUAUUUUCAUACAAUCAGCAACAUAUUUUGAUAAUUAAAGUACCUACUCAUUGUAUCAGCAACAAUCUGCAAGGCUGGAGACUAUCUUAUUAGCAUUGCGAUAAAAGUUCCCAGCUCCCAUAAUAAAGGUUGAGAACUUGAGAUGUAGGUAGUAAUGUCAUGUAGCUGCCCCUGCCUAGGCCAGUUUUACCAAAGAAGCUGUAUAUGGAGUGUUUGGAAGGUAGACGACCUUGUGGGCCAUGUUGAUAGGAUCAUGUUAGCAGCCACAGCCAACCUGCUUCACCAUGUAAAUGUAAUCAAUACGAUAGUUGCUUCCACUGCCACUGGGGAAGACUACCAGCAGCACCGUGUAGUGACAUGGGACAUAUAGUGUGUUAGUGUUCAAGCUUCUUUGGUAAAGUUAAGCU